AAUUCCUGCAAUCACCGGCCUCGAGCCACUCCGCUUUCCGUGAUUGGGUUAUGACAGUGCGGGUGACUCUGGUGAGUGGGCGACUGAGAUCACUUGAUCCUUCAGCCUGGCCGCCUUGUGUGUGCCUCACUCAGCCUCACCGGCCUGGAGAAUCGACGAUGUGUUUGCCCAACGUGAAGUGAAGCCCUGAAGGUAUAUAAGUCUGCAUAACUCGCCGACAGCCUGACACUAAACUACCUGCGCAGUACACUGUGAGCCCUGCUUCGUACUUUUGUGUUGACAACUUGGAAGGUGAGGUUGCCAAAUCCAAAUCGCCAUUCAAUAUGCGUUUCCUAUCCCUCCUCGCUUCUACAGCCUGGUCAGCCUUUGUCUUCUUGCUUUUGUCGGGCUCAGCCGCGCGAGCACAGACCUUCAACACGGCGAACGUCCGCCUCACGUUCUACAGCUACGUCGACAAUACGGACAACCUCGAUGGUGACUGCACCGCCAACUGUGACGCCGGCGGGACGGCUGGCACCCUGCAGCUGGCGUACCAAUGUCCCGGCCGCUCAGGCCUGGCUGGAGGUGUGGGCGACCAAGACAGUCCCAUCACCGCCGCCAGCGCCGGCGACAAUCUGCCUGUGGCCCAGUGCGACUCAUUUUAUGUGCCCUACCUGCAGAAAUGGUUCAUCUACGAGGACUUUUGUACCGACUGCCAGGAUGAUCCGCCGCAUUUCGACCUCUUUGCCGGAGGCUCCCCAGACGACAACCUCUGUCCGAAUAUCUGUUCGUGCGAGGAUCAACUGACGCCUGACGCAGACACUUGCAUCUACACGGACGUUGAUGAUGGCGGGGCACUCGAAGUAUCAGGGUCGGCCUUGUUCGAUGGGAGUAAUUGCAAUUUUGCUGGCACAUCGGCGUCUUCUUGCUAGACAGGUAUCCGACCAACACACUGUUGACGGGCUUCUUGGAAAUGAACGCAGAGGAUUCGCUGGCGAUGAAGGAUGAAUCUGCAAUGAUGCGAAAAGCAUGUACAUGAUGCGCGUUGAGUCCGCUUAUCUGGACAGCGCGUAUCCGCCUGACGAUGUAGGUCAACGAGAAUGACCCUCUAGUAUUGCUGUAUUUGUCCCAUCUAGAGUAAUCAGGUAUUUGCUGAAUUACUCGUUUGCCGUGGCUGUGUGUUUCUGUGAGUCUCAAAGUGCAGCACCAUACAAGGAGU